AUGGAGGCAGCUGACAAGGAGCGCCUGUAUCAGGUGAACUGGGGUAUGGCCGAAGAUGCAGUGGAAACCAACACAGAGGAGCUGCAUGAUGAUGCGAAGAAGCUGCUCGAUGCCAAUGGUAAGCUCGACUUGGACAAAGUCCGGGAGCUACAGUUGACGCAGAAGCAGGAUGCAAUGGUCCAGAAGUUAGAUCAGAAGCAGCGGAAGAUUGCCAACUUGUUCCGGGAAAAGCAGCGGCAAGAGGACCAGGCUGCCCAUCGAGCACAAAAAAAGGCCCAGGCCAAUCUGGACAUCGACGAGCUGCCGGACAGCGGCAUGGGCACUCAGAACAUGGAGCGCCUUCAAAAGCUGGAGGAGAAGAUCCAGAAGAGCGAGGAAGACUUCGCAGCUCAGGCCGACACACUGUUCGUCUCCCUUGGCAUGAAGCGUGCUGGCUUCAGCGAGCGUGUGAGCAAGCGGACAGCUGCGCUCUACGACACUCGCGAUGACGAGAGCGACGACGAAUUCUUUGACCGUGCGGCUGUCCAGAAGCCCUCUGCCCAAAAGGUCGAGGAGGCAGACAUUCCCUCUGAGCUCAUGGGACUCCCUGUGCUGGAUGAUGUUGAAAACCAGAAGUCUCUGGAGGUGAAGGUGAGCCAGCUUAAGGCCGAGCAGGCGCGCGUGGCAGCCCAGCUGGCGGCAGAGAAGGUCAAAGCCAAGAAGCAAGCGGCGCAGGAAGAGCCUGAGGAUUCAUUGGAUGCCUUCAUGAAUGCCACGGUGGCGGAGCUUCGACAGGAUCGCGGGGAGAAGCUUCAGCGACGUGCCGAGGCAGUGAACGAGCGGCUGGUGAAGUUCGAGGCCAUGCUGAAGGAAGCCAAAACCAACACUGAAGAGGUACAGUCAGCGCCAGUGAAACGACAGAAGGUUGAGGCAUCCAGUGCCUCCGCUCCAGCCACCAAAGCAAGGAGCAACGCGCCGGCUUCGACAGCUGAGGUCCUGGCGCGGUUGACCGAGAAGGAAGAGAAGGCUGCAGCAAAGGCGGAGCCCAAGGCAAAGCCCGCAGCACUGGCGGAACCGUCAAAAGCAGCGGCACCGGCAGAAGCCAAGGCACCGGAAGAGGUCAAAACCGAGCCGACCGAUCCUGCAGCGAAAGCAAAGGCCAUGGCGCCGCCCAGUGCUUUGCCUUCCAAAGCUCGGGCCCACAUUGACCCGGAGAAGGCAGGGCUCCAAUUCAUGGCGCCCGAGCCUGCAGCUAAAAAGAAGAAGGUCUACGGCGUGGCCAUGCCGCCAAAGUUCGCGAGCUCCCGCGACGCAGAUCAG